AAAAAAAAAAAAAAAAAAAAAAAGAAAAGGAACACAUGCAAGAAAACAAGUCCAAUAAAAGAAAGAAGGCUUAGGAAAAUAAUGAAAAAAAAAACCUCCCAUUAAUCCUAUUUAUAGCAAUUUAACCUCAAGAUAGAAGAAGGAGAUAUAAUUAUAUUAGGAUCAGAUGGAUUAUUUGAUAAUCUUUAUGACGAUGAAAUAUUAGAAGAAGUACAUAACUGCAUCAAGGUUCAACAAGACAAUAAAAGACAAGAUAUUAUAAUUGAGCCUCAGUUAAUAUCUGAUGCAUUAGCACAUAGAGCCAAAAUUGUAAGUGAAGAUCCAGAUAAUCCUAGUUCACCUUUUCAAGUUAGAGCAAUGCAUGAAGGACUUUAUUAUCAAGUAAAUAAUAGAAAAGAGUAUUCUAUACUUUAUUUUAAUAUUCAUUUUAUAGGGUGGAAAAGCAGAUGAUAUUAGUGUUAUUGUAGCAAUUAUUAAAAGAGAUGAGAAAAUACCAGAGCCUUCACCACCUCCACUACCAUGAAAAAAAAAGGGGAAUUCUAAUUAUACCUAAAAUCUUGAUAUUUUUUAUUUUUGCAUGUUUAUAUAUCCUCAUAUUUAUUGUAUAUAUUCGUAUACACAAGGACAUUCUUGUAUAUUUCAUUUCUCUCAUUUUCUUUCUGAUAUUACAUACAAUCGAUUGACAUACUUGAAUAAAAAGAAUUAUUAUUCUAUCUUUUAAAUUAUAUACUAUUAAAGGGUAUGAAUAAAAUACAUGCAAGUUAAUAUUUACAAAGGGCAAAAGUAAAAAAAAAA